CAUUAUAAUCUCACUAUAACCUGUUCCCAAAUCAAAAUCAACCUUGGAAGGGAAAAGCCUGAUCUUUCAUUAAAAAAAUAGAGAGAAGUAAUAAUCAGUUCAAGUAGAUUCGGUUCAAUUAAGAAGUUUUCAAAUUGAUUAUUGAUACCCUACUGGCUACUAAACAAUUAAUACUUCUUCAACUUUCAUCGCACAUCUCUCCAUCUGCAAUCCCCCAAAUUUAUAGUACUAGAAACCCUAGAAACCUCACGAGAAAGGUGACAUUAGUAGAUUGAUCGAGAGCACAAUAAGAGAUUGAAGUCAUUCCAAGUGCUACAAUUUGAAUUACUAAGACGGAGGAGGGGUGUAGAAAUGGGUGAAGGAGAAGAGAGAUGGUGUGUGGUGACCGGAGGGAGAGGUUUUGCUGCUCGCCAUUUGGUGGAAAUGCUGAUCCGUUACGAAAUGUUUCACGUCCGCAUUGCGGAUUUGGGUCCGGACAUUAAGCUGGAGCCUGACGAGGAGGAAGGCACUGUCGGUAAAGCUCUGCGAUCAGGCCGUGCUCACUAUGUAUCCAUGGAUCUUCGUGACAAGUCCCAAGUUCUUAAAGCGUGUGAAGGAGCAGAAGUGGUAUUCCACAUGGCUGCGCCAGAUUCAUCGAUCAACAACCACCAGCUUCAUCACUCUGUUAAUGUGCUAGGAACCAAGAAUAUCAUUGAUGCUUGUGUUGAGCUAAAAGUGAAGAGACUUAUUUAUACCAGCUCCCCCAGUGUUGUGUUUGAUGGAGUUCAUGGUAUUCUGAACGGGGAUGAAUCGCUACCAUAUCCUGCUAAGCAUAACGAUUCCUAUUCUGCAACUAAAGCUGAAGGAGAGGCACUAGUUAUCAAGUCAAAUGAUACUAAAGGGCUCCUGACCUGCUGCAUUAGACCUAGCAGUAUCUUUGGCCCUGGCGACAGGUUGUUGGUUCCAUCACUGGUUGCAGCAGCAAGGGCAGGAAAAUCUAAGUUCAUAAUUGGUGAUGGCAACAACAUGUAUGAUUUCACUUACGUAGAAAACGUUGCACAUGCUCAUGUAUGUGCUGAACGAGCUCUCGCAUCAGGGGGUGCAGUAGCAGAGAAAGCUGCUGGGCAGGCAUAUUUUAUCACAAACAUGGAGCCCAUAAAGUUCUGGGAGUUCGUCUCACUUAUUCUUGAAGGUCUUGGCUACGAAAGGCCAAGCAUUAAAAUUCCUGCUUCUGUUAUGAUGCCAAUUGCACAUUUCGUGGAGUUGGCUUAUAAGCUGUUGGCCGCAUAUGGAAUGAAGGUCCCACAGUUGACUCCGUCAAGAAUCAGGCUCCUAUCUCGUAGUAGAACAUUUAGUUGUUCAAAAGCAAAUGAUCGCCUGGGCUACACACCAAUUGUCCCACUUCAGGAGGGCCUAAGGAGGACAAUUGAAUCGUAUCCGCACUUGAGAGCCGAAAAGCAGCCAGAAAAAGAAGGCCCUUCUAAAGCUUCUCUAUUUCUCGGAAGUGGGAGAGUGGCUGACACACUUCUUUGGAAGGAUAAGAAACAGACACUAACAGCAGCAUUAGUUCUGGCCGCAAUUUAUUUCAAUUUCGUAGCUUCUGGUUUCACCGUUGUAACUUCUAUAUCAAGGAUUCUGUUGGUGGCAUCAAUUUUCUUGUUCAUCCACGGGAGACUGCCUCAGAAAAUAAUGGGCUAUAAAAUUGACAAAGUUCCCGGAUCAUGCUUCCAUGUAUCGGCAGAGACAUCACGCCAAGUUGCUCUGUCAGCAGCCUCGGAGUGGAAUUCUGCAGUAAAGGGUUUAAAGUCUCUUUGUAGAGGGACUGAUUGCAUGUUCUUCCUUAAGGUGGUUCUCUCUCUACUGAUUCUAAGUAUCCUUGGAACCAUUUCUCUGCGGAGUCUGUUUGUCAUUGGAAUCCCAGCUGCCUUUACUUUAUUUUUCAUAUAUGAGAAAAAAGAGGAAGAAAUAGAUCAUCUACUUCAUGAGAUUAUCUCAUUUACAUGGAAAUUGAAGUCUGAUAUUUCUAGGAGAAUUUUCAGCUCCGCAAAAGACCGAUAAUGGACAGCAAUAACCUGAUGGAGCUUCUUCCUUAUCUCGAGAAGCUUUCUUAAGCAGGUUCUUCAAGUUCAGGGACUUUAAACAUAUCCUUGUGGGUGUAACAUAUUCAUGGUUGGGAACCUUGCUGAAAGCCAGUUUAUCUGUCUGAUCUGAUAUCAGUCAGCAGUGUGCCAAGGGACUAUAUUUUGUUUCCUCUUCUAAUUUUCGUUUCUCUUUUAUUUCUUCUUUGCCAAUAUUGCUAGAGUAUGUUUUGGUUCUUGCUGCAUUGGUGUGAAUGUUUUCGUUUUGGUCCUAUAGUGGUUGGGGAGAGGUGCAGGUUGGUUACAGAUUAUUUGUCAUGUGAUAAUAUGUGAUUUUGCUUGCCGCUCGUGAAUUGAAGAAUAAAGAAUGUGUUAGUUUUUGUGUCGGUAGCUCUGUCUAGUUUGACUUACUUUUCGUUUUGGCUAA